UAUGCUAAGUUUACUCUGAGAUUCCUCUUUUCUCCAACACCAAAAAUCCACUGCUCAUGUGGCAGCACAGCAGAUGAUUGCUAGACGUCAAAGUGCAAUAUUUGAGUAAAGUUCAACGAAGUAAACAGAAUAUUGUGAACCUCAAGUCUUUAUUAUUUCAUAAUAUCUAAGCAUAUUUACUUGGAGGAAGAAUGCUGAAGUUCUUAAAAAAUAUGCUGUUGAGCCUUUAUAUGCAAUAUGAAUUGGUCACCUGCAUAUACAUGUUUGAACCUUGGGAAAAGAAGUUAAUAAACAGUUUUGUGCUGCUCACACUAAGUUUGGUUAUCUUCUCAAGUGUUGUGUACUUACCGUCAUACAUAGAAACAUUCCUACGAUUUGUGUCACCACUACCAGAGGAGGAAGGUGGUGCGUCCUAUACGCCUAUGCUGCACACAGAGAAAAUGAGUAUGAGUUAAGGAAGAAAGGAGUUAACAAGGAUAAGACUAAAAACGCACAGAUAGUGAGAUUUUUCUUUUGAAUUAUCGUAGCAAUAUAUUCAUAAAAAACCCUGUUAAGACAAAAAAGAAUUGUUACGAUUUGCAAAUUUUAAAGUCUAUAAAAAAUAAUGAAAAACAAAUUUAGAAAAAAUGUGGUUUAUACAAAUGUAUGUAUGUAAAACUUAACGAAUUUCCAAAAAGUGUAACUUGCAGUAAAUAGUUAUAUAUAGUUAAUUAUCUGGUGCUUAGAAUGGAAUUUUUACAAUAAAAACUGCAUUUACUUC